AUGGCGACGGAGGAGGAGGAUAGCAGCGCAGCGCUCCCUGCGACCGACACCAAGAAAGCAGGAGAUAACGGGGCUUGUAUUGACAGGCAGCCGGACACGGUGGUCCAUCAGGCGGGGCUGAGUCGGACCCGCAGCGGUCCCGGAGCUCACUCUGUGACGGGGAUCCGAGUGCUGAAGCGCAAUAUGAAGCGUAAUGGGAGCCGAAGCUGCGUGACGAGAAAAAACAGAUUUGGUUCACGAGAGAGAGACUGGCUAAAGGGGGACACCCAACGAGGCUGUGUGUGUCUUUAUGGCGGUACAGUAGACCCCCAGCCACCUGCCUCCGGCACACAGGCCUCCUCCACUCCUCAGACAGACCUGCAGUUGGUGCUCUGCUCCACCAGCACCACCGUGGAAGAACUCUGCGCUCAAAGAAACGGACAGGGACUCUAUGUUCAGCUGCACGGAGACCUUGUCAGGAGGCUGGACCACCUUGAGCGUCCCCUCCAGAUGGUUUAUGACUACCUGACGACAAUGGGUUAUACCGACCCAGUGCGAGUGCAGCAUGAAGCGGCCAACUCGGACCUCAGCUGCAUGAUCCGUUUCUACAGCGAGAGGCCAGUGAAUGCAGAUCAUCAGGAGCGGACCAUGUUGAAGGGUGUGUUCAACGUCAGAAAGGGCAAGACACAGCUACACAAGUGGGCAGAGCGACAGGUUAUCCUCUGCGGCACGUGUUUAAUAGUGGCCUCAGUGAAAGAUAGUCUGGCGGGGAAGAUGCACAUUCUACCCCUGGUGGGUGGAAAGGUUGAGGAGGUGAAGCGCAGGCAACACUGUCUGAUGUUCAGCUCCGCCGGAUCUCGAGAGCAAACUUACUUUGUUAAUUUCGACACACUGGCUGACUACCAGCGAUGGCACCGACAGGCAUCAAAAGUGGUCUCUCAGACAGUGAACCUGGUGGAUCUGUCCUGCUAUAGCCUGGAAACGGUGCCUGAAUAUCUGUUUUACUGUCAGGAUCUCACUCACCUCAACCUGCGGCACAACUUUAUGAGGUUGCAGGGACCUGGAAGCCUACUCAACCUUCCCAGGUUUUCCCAGCUGAAGAGUCUGAAUAUAUCACAUAACCGUCUGGGUGUGUUCCCCGAGUGCGUGUGUGAGAUCCUCACCCUAACUGAACUUAACCUCUCCUGCAACAAUAUGCACACCAUCCCUGUUCAGAUUGGAAACCUUCAGAGCCUGCAAACACUAUCCUUGGAUGGAAACAACCUAAGCUCUCUACCUGAACAGCUUGGUGAUCUCUCUCAACUAAACAGUCUGGGACUCUCCUUCAACAACUUCUCUCAAAUCCCUGCUGUGCUGGAGAGACUAUAUGCUGUGGAUAAACUAGCAAUGGCUGGGAACAGAGUGGCAUCCUUGGAGCUGUCCACACUGGUCAGAAUGAUCCACCUUAGAAACAUCGACCUCAGGCUGAAUGGGCUCCGGUGGGUUAAAUGCGAAACCUCAGAUCCAGUGAACCAUGUGACCCAUCUGGACUUGCGGGAUAACUGCUUGGACUCGCUUGACCUAAACCCUGUCUGCAACCUGGAGACCCUGCACUGUCAACGGAACCGGCUGGGAACACUCAGCCUCAGUGGUUUCUCACUGCGCAUGCUUCAUGCCAGCAGCAACCGCCUUACAACUGUCAACAUCUAUCCAGUACCGAACCAGCUGACACACAUGGACCUUUCACAGAAUCUGUUGGAAUAUCUUCCAGACUGGGUAUGUGACUGUCAAAAAAUCGAGAUGCUGGGAGUUUCGCAAAACCUGUUGUCUGAACUUCCAUCCAGAUUGUUGAACAGCUUGAGUUUGAGAAAGCUGCUGGCGGGGAACAACCACUUGCAGAGAGUGCCUGACCUCCUUGACCAUAUCCCUCUGGAAGCCCUUGACCUGCAACAUAACAAGCUUGUGGGUCUUCCAGAGACUCUCUUCUGCAAGGCCUUAAACCUGAAAUACUUAAACGUGUCAGCCAAUGCCUUAGAAAGUAUUCCCCCCAGCAGCCAAUCAGAGGAGAGCCUCAGCACGCUCCAGGAGCUCUACCUGACUGGGAACAAUCUGAAUGAGAACUGUGGUGCUCUGUUAGUCGGACACCAGAACCUGCGGAUCCUUCACAUUGCCUACAAUCAACUGCUCUCCUUCCCUGCCAGUAAGCUGAGUAAACUGGAGCUGCUGGAGGAGCUAAAUGUAAGUGGGAACAAGCUAAAGACGAUCCCCUCCACCGUUUCCAGCUGUAAGAGGCUCCACACUCUCAUAGCACACUCAAAUCAAAUAACAGUCUUUCCAGAGAUCCUCAACCUGCCUGAGAUCAAGCUUGUAGAUCUGAGCUGCAAUGAACUGACUGAGAUUCAACUACCUGACUCUCUGCCUGCUACUCUGCAAGAGUUGGACCUGACGGGCAACAGCAGCCUCACGCUGGAACACAAAACCCUCAACCUUUUCAGUCACAUUUCCACUCUAAAAUUAGACCAGAAAUCCGCCCCAACACCUGCAGACUCCCUGGGCCCCUCGACUCUCUGGAAGCACGGUUACUCUGAGAUGAAAGGACAAAGGAAUAAGUUGUGUGUUUCUGUGCUUGCUGUGGACUGUUUUGGAGACAGUGGUGAAGGCUGCUAUGGUAUCUUUGAUGGUGACCGCAACGAGGAGGUACCGCGGCUCUUGCAGUGCACCAUGGGAGAUGUCCUUUGUGAAGAGCUACAGCACUCCAGUACUGACUCAGUGUAUAUGUGCAACACCUUUCUUACUUCACACAGGAAAUUGGGCAUGGCUGGACAAAAACUAGGUGCUUCUGCCUUGUUGUGUUACAUUCACCGUGAGCAAUCCGAAUCUGGGGGUUGCUUUAGCCUUACUCUGGCCAACGUGGGAACGUGCCAGGCAGUUCUGUGCCGUGAUGGACGGCCUGUACAGCUCUCAAACGUUUUCAGCUUGGAGAGCUCUACUGAGGAAAUGGAGAGGGUUAAAGUCAAUAAGGCCAUUAUAACAGAGGAUAACAAAGUGAGUGGAGUAACAUACUGCUCCCGCCUGUUGGGCUGCUCAUAUCUGUCUCCCUGGGUGCUACCAAAACCUUGGGUGCACACUGAGCCACUCUGUGCCAAGGAUGAGUUCCUGAUCCUGGGUAACCGGGCCCUUUUUGAGAGGGUGUCUUAUAAGGAGGCUGUUCACACAGUGCAGGCUGUGAGAGAUCCAUGUGCUGCUGCCAAAAAACUGUGUUCUCUUGCCCAGAGUUAUGGCUGCAAGGACAACAUCGGUGCCGUGGUGGUGUCACUGCAUGUUGGUGAGGACAGCUGCACUUGUGAGCAGCCGGUGCUGAGCGAUGAACUGCGGGGUCCACCCCCUGCCCCUGUGCCAGUGUCUGUGACCACUUGCCCCAGUGAUCCAGGUAACCUCUCAUCAAGCAGUGGCAUCGGUACUGAGCUCAGCAGUGAGACAUCAGCCUCAGAAGUGGGCAGUGAGGCCGGGUCUACCGCUUCAGAUGAGCACCCAUCCUCUGGUUCUGCAUCUCGCCCAGAGAGGCGCUGCAGCGUCCACCCCGCUCCUACGCUCUGUGGGAUCAUGGUGCCAGGUUCAGCUGCAACAGGAACCCAUCCUGGUGUUUUCCAGCGCCAGCCCUCCAGUGCUACAUUCUCAAGCAACCAGUCUGACAAUGGCUUGGACAGUGAUGAUGAAGCUCCCCUUGAGGGUGUCAUCUCUAAUGGUAGCAAAUUAGAGGUGGAGGUAGACAUUCACUGCUGUGCUUUCCAACUUCGGUCAGGGCCCACUGAGACCCCCAAAGAACUGAAUCUCGAAAAUCACGAUAGUAAAAUGCGCAGACAGAACAGCGUGGUGGUUUCUGCUACGAACGGCUGUCUGCUGGCUGUAUGUGGGAGGGAAAAUGGAGACCUCAAGAAGUCACCUUCCACAUCCAGCCUGUUUGGUAAAAAGCUAUCCAAUGGAUCUGUGGUGGCCCUGGAGGACAGUCAUAACAUAAUUGAGGUGGCCCUGGAAGCGCCUAAGAAAAAAUCUGGCUACUUCACUGCCCCAGCUCAGCAGGACCCAGAGGAUCAACUAAUUGUGCCUCCUGGUCUUGAGCAGGAGGUCAGGGAGCAACUGAAAGGCCAGAGUCUUCUUGUCUCAGGUAUCUCCACACCUCCAAAGCUCACUUGUGGAAAAGAUCCACUGUGGGAUCAAACACACCCUCAGCCAUUUGCCUCCAGCUUUGUUCCAGUGCCAGGACUUGGUACCAUUCUGCAACAGGAAGUCUAUGAUACAGCCCUCUAGGACACUGGAGCAGCCCUUUGGCCUCAGUUUGGAUUGUGCCAUUUUGGGGAUAAGGAACUAUCUCCCACAGCCGGUAUAGUUGGAAAAUGUUGCCAUUUAAAUCUUUUUUUUUUGAAAGACAAGAAAAAGCCUUUAGAACUUUGUCAAUAACUUGUACUGUGCCAUUAGAGAUAAACGGAAUAUGCUCUUAGUAUUCAUGACAAUAGGGCUGAACAAGAUUUCCACAUGUCCAAUAUGUCAACAGCAUUUCCCUUUACUUCAAAAGCUAAGCAGUUUGUAGGGUACAGAGAACAUUGUGGUCAUCCUUCAAUUCAGGAACCCAAAGGUGUCUCAGGUCCUGCGGAGAUGGAUUAGUGUUCAAGCUUGAAAAAGUGCCUAUUACGAACGACACAUCAGAGAGUUCAAUGCAUCCAGGUUAAGUGUUGGGUUGAGAGCAUGUUUUAGUUACAUUUAGACAGGGCAGAGUCUUUCCAAACACUCAACAAUUAUUGACAUAUUUUUAUUGCUAUUAAAGCUUGGCCUGUUGUUGUCUUUAAUUAGCUCAGAGAAAUAUAUUGAAAACAUUACUUUUUAUCUCACCCAAAUAUAGCCUAACAAAGUGAAAGUAAAGUAAUGUUUAACCCCAAAGCUCAUGUUUAGAUCUUUUCACAGAUUAUUCUGUGCACCACAGAUUCAUAUUGUCUGAACAGGAAGUGUUUGCCUAGUGGUUAGAGCAGUGCACUUGUGCUUUGAGAAGGGUGCCAGUAGCUGGUUCGAUCCCCACAGCCUUCACUCUGGGUCUCUGAGCAAGAUUCUUAACCCCCACAUUGCUCCCCGGCGCGCCGCACAAUGGCAGCCCUCUGCUCCCCAAGGGGAUGGGUUAAAGGCAGAGAGUUAGUUUCUCCAGUCUGAGAUCAAUAAAGUUCAAUUAUUAUAAAGUAAUAUCAUAAUUUCCACAUUUCUUCUGUAUAAAUCUGUCAAACUAGGAUCUAGAAAUAAAACUAGUGGGUUAAUCUCUUCACACAUAAGUAAGUUUAUAUAGAGAUUACCCUAUGAUAAUGAACUAAUUGUUUAGGUUAUAUUUGUGGUAUUUUUCUUACAAUUUAAAAGGAAAAAUCAUAUUGUUAAUGUUGACCGAAAGGGCAAUCAUUUUGUCCUUAAAUUUGGGGUUUUUUUGUUGUUUUUUUUAGUAACGGAACAAAAAAAAUCAUGAACAUUUGAAGAGAAGAAUACAUUAGCGGCCAUUCAGACUGGCCCUUCGCAGUCAAAAGCCAGCCGAAUGGCAGCCCACUUCCCCUCAACUCCUAGCAAAAUCGCCUCCAACUUCCAGCCACUAGAGUUACCCCCUUCUUUUCCUGGGCAUGAAUAUUUUUUUACUCUGACUCCACCCUUUUACUGAAUUACAGGGUCUGACCAGGAGGAGGCGCUUCUCUUUAGAUCUUACUGUCCACAAAUCAUGACAGAAAUAACAUUUUAGGACAAAGAUUGAUGUUUAAAGAGGAAUUGUAGGGAACCAGCCAAGGACCAGCCAAGUAACUGCCUGCUUGCUGCUAAAAUUACUAAUUUUGGCUUUUUUUUCGGAGCAGUUUGGCAUUGAAGAUUUUUAUGGUAUCUUUACUGAGUUGAAGUGAAAACAUAUAAAUAUUAAACUUAUAUUUCUAUUGAUAAAAACAAUAUUAUGACUUUAAGCACAUUUUGAUCAUUAAUUUGAACUAAUCGUAUAGAUAAUCGUCAGCUUGCAAACAUAAAAUUAUGUUAGAUUUGCCCUCUGUUUGAAAUCUCUGUUCAUGCUAACUUAUUUGUAACACUUGAAACAUGUUCAUUUGCUGACAGUUUAUCCUUACUAAUGAAUAUUUGUAUAUUAUAUUUUAUAGGUACAUAAGGAAGAAACCUCAACAAAAGAUACAUUUUUUUUUUUUUUUUUGCAUUGAUUAAUUUACUGUUUCUUCUUCACCUGAAAUUUUAAACCUAGAAGUUGCUUUUCACUUAAGACUGUGUCCAGAUUAGGGACAUGGGAUCUGCCGGCCCACGCUGAGAAUUUGGCGGGCAUAAACAACCUAUAGCUAACUCACUUUCUUUAAAUUAACAUCUAUUAAUCAGAUCAAAUAUUGUGGGUUGAACAAAAUUCUGAGAAUAACUCUACGAUCCUUCAGACCAUUUUGUAAAGAUUACAUUUUGGGCUUAGAGACUCAUUUUGUUGUGACAUAAUUCAAGCUGUUUUUUCUUCCUAUGUACAUUUCCAUAUGCACUGCAUUCCUUCCAUUGGUUAAUGCUUUAUUCGAUCUCAGCACACAAUGAAUAAAAUAUGGGGGCAACAGAAGUGUAUAGGCUAUCAUAAUAUCAUAUGUACUGUUAAUACCCAUGGCAAAGAUGUGAUAAAAGCCUUAAAAUAUUUUUUUUUUCUAAGAGGGAGAUAUAAGAACUUUUAAGAGGAGACCCUCCUCACUGUUUGGUAAAAUAAACAUGUUCAAGUCUUGUUUGUCACAUUUUAGUUUGUCAGAAUAGCUUGUUCUAGGUAGUCUAGAAGUGGAAGGGCAGAGAGUAGGCAAUUUAAUAUAAUGGUAAUCAACUAAAAAACAAAACUAUCUACUAAACUUAGAUCUGAAAUUUAAAAAGUUUCUAUUAUAUAAGAAAAAAAAAUUGCCAUGGUUCCCAGUAACUGUGGCACGGGCAAUUUUUUAAAACAUCCCCUUGUUGUAUUUCCCCUUCAAAGUAUACAUGUAGUUAAUACCGUAUUUACUGUUUGAUUAGUCUUUCUUAAGUUUAUAUUAUUCUGCUGAAUGUAAUAUUUAAUUUUUUUAAUUUUUACCUGCAAUGUUUAUAGAUCUAAGGGUUGCUAUACCCAAGGAAAGAAAUCACAUUCAUAUUUAUUAUAUCUAAACUAUCAGGGGAAAUUCAGUAUUGUGCUGCCGUGGAAACCUCAGUGUAUCCAGGACUGAAUGCCUCCAUCUCCCCCUCCUUCUUGAAAGUGAGGCAGCUUAGCUGCUCUCCUAAAGCUCUAAUCUUUGGUAACUUAUAUAGUAAAUUAUUAUAAUAUUAGUUUUACAGGUUAUUUUCUUAUUAAACCCAAGCUUCUGUAGUUUUUUUAUUUAACAUCUCUAUUGGAACUGUUGAGACUAAAGCUUUUUUGCCUUAAAGAAAAUUCAUUUUAGAAAUAAGUUCUUUGAGUUGUCCUUCCUUGCUUUGUUUCUCCAAGAAUAGAGUAAAAAGGCCAAUAUUUUCUCUACAAGAAAAGAUAAAUUUGUCGUUAUUUUUACUCCAUUUACUAAAACAACAUAAGAAGAACAAGCGAACAGGAGCUUCCAAACUAAGGUUUCAAAAGGUCUAAGGAGUUUGUCCAUAAUAAAAUCUCAUUUUCUUUUCUGCAAAGUUUUUCAACCUUCAACAAAAGGAACACUAUAACCACUUUAGGAAAUAGAAUGCGCGUUAGUACAUUGUGGGAUGGCAUAUCGCUCUGGUUCUGUUUACACGUGCCAUUUUUAUACCAACUUAAAGUUCUGUUUUCUAAUCAGUCUGGACGUAAUUCAUUGCUUGUAGCCAUGACUAGCAAAUAUUAUGUUGAUUUUUUUAUUAGUUUUGAACAAAAUUUAAAAAUGAAGUUUUCCUGUUCAAAACAAUGAAAUAAAAUGUGUAAAUUUAAACUGUAAUCAUACUUACUUUCCAAUUCCUUAAAUUAUUUUUCAAAGAUUAUACCAGGCUAUGUUUUACCUAUAGAGCACUUUGAUGGCUAAUUCUUGUCACUUUAUCAACCCAUGUCAGGGAUGCCAAACACAUUGGACACUGUGGGUCUGAUGUCCACGAUCAGAAUGCAUCUAGUAUCUGGAGUCGAGUCUGUGAGACAUUGCUGGACACUGCAGACAUUCUAAGACAGAUAAUGAUUGUCCAAGUCAACAGAUAGGAACUUGAUCUUUCCCAGAGGUUUCAAAAACAGUGUGAUUCUUUGAGUUCUCUUGUAAAAUAUGCAACAUGUUAAGUGUAAAUAUAAAUGUAACGAAAGUGUCACUGAUACCACAUAAAUCCUGUCAGUCAAAACGUCUAACUAUUGAGUGCUGUGUGUAUGUCUGAUGUAGUUGAGGUUGUGCUUAUAUGUUGCAUAGGGCAUUUUGUGUCUGUCCCUCCCUUUGACCUGCUGUCUUUGUGCUUUGCUGCCAGUCUAAAAAUGAAUAUGACAUUUCUCUGUAGUUUUCACCAAACUGAGUCGAUUUUUAACUCUUAACUAUCUAACUGUGCCUGUCUCCUCUUUGAUGCCAUAUUAGGGUUUGAAUUUUUCAGCUUCUUUUAGUUUCUGGUGAGGGAGUGAUUGUGCCCGGAAAUUAGUCAGAAUGGGGGCACAGAAUCAGGAAGAGGGAGCUGUGAAGAAUGAUUUGAAAAAAAAAAAAUCACUUAGCACAAUA